CUCUCCUUUUUAUUCAUAUGUUGUGUAUUUAGACUAAAUACAUUCAGAAAUAUAUACAUAUAUAAUAUCAUAUUAUAUCAUGUUUGUAAUUAAAAGAGACGGAAGAAAAGAAAGUGUUGACUUUAGUAAGAUUACCUCUCGUAUAUCUAAAGUAUGCUAUGGCCUGAAUGAGAAGUUUAUUAUUCCAGAUCAAGUUGCUCAAAAAGUUAUCUCUGGUAUCUGUCAGGGGAUUACUACAGCUGAGUUAGAUAAUCUUACUGCGGAGAUCGCUGCUUAUAUGACGACUAACCAUCCUGACUUUGCAAUCUUAGCUGCACGUAUUGCUAUAUCUAAUCUUCACAAGAGAACAGAUGAUACAUUUAGUUCAGUCAUAAAAAGACUUUACCAUCAUAUACAUCCUAACCUGAAUCAGCAGCAGCAGCAGCCUCAUCCUUUAAUCUCAAGAGAACUCUACGAGGUUGUCAUGAGAUACGAAAGUCAAAUCAAUGCUGUGAUUGUGAAUUCAAGAGAUUUUGAUUUUAAUUUUUUUGGUUUCAAAACUCUUGAACAUAGUUAUUUAAUGAAAAUAAAUGGUGAGGUUAUUGAACGUCCUCAAUAUAUGAUCAUGCGUGUUGCUCUUGGUAUUCAUGGCUCAGAUUUGAAAAGUGCUUUCGAAACAUAUCAUCUUAUGUCUUGCAAAUAUUUUACACAUGCUACUCCAACCUUAUUUAACGCAGGUACACCUAUGCCUCAGUUAUCAAGUUGCUUUUUAGUUCAGAUGCGUAAUGAUAGUACUGAAGGUAUCUUUGAUACCCUAGCCACCUGUGCACGUAUCUCGAAGGCAGCAGGUGGUGUAGGUGUAAGUUUUCAAAAGAUUCGAGGUUUAGGAUCUCCUAUCGCUGGAACCAAUAGUACCUCUAAGGGCAUUGUUCCUAUGUUACGUUUAUUUAAUGAUACGGCUCGUUUUGUUACUCAAGGUGGUGGUAAGCGUAAUGGAAACUUUGCAAUGUAUCUUGAGCCCUGGCAUAUUGAUGUAUUUGAUUUUUUGAAUUUACGAAAGAAUCAUGGUGCAGAUGAAAUUCGUGCUCGAGAUUUGUUUCUGGGGUUGUGGAUACCUGAUCUGUUUAUGCAACGUGUUGAACAAUAUGGUAAAUGGUCUUUAUUUUGUCCAAAUGAAGCACAUGGAUUAGACAUGUGUUAUGGUGAAAAAUUUAAUGCUCUUUAUCUUAAAUACGAAAAAGAAGGUAAAGCAAGAAAGGUAGUUGACGCUCAAAAGCUUUGGUUUGCUAUUUUAGAAGCACAGAUUGAGACUGGAAUGCCUUAUAUGCUUUAUAAAGAUGCCUGUAAUGAAAAAUCCAAUCAAAAGAAUUUAGGCACUAUUACUUCGUCUAAUUUAUGCACAGAAAUUAUUGAAUAUACUUCUCCUGAUGAGGUUGCAGUCUGUAAUCUUGCAUCACUCGCUUUACCUAAAUUUGUUCACAUAGCUACAAAAACGUUCGAUUUUGAUAAACUUCAUAAAGUGACAAAAGUAGUUACACGAAAUCUCAACAAAAUCAUUGAUGUUAAUUAUUAUCCUGUAGAAGAAGCUCGUAAAAGCAAUACACGUCAUCGUCCUAUUGGGCUUGGUGUUCAAGGACUUGCAGAUGUAUUUAUUUUGAUGGGGUACCCCUUUGAAUCAUCUGAAGCACGUCAGUUGAAUAAAGAUAUAUUUGAAUCUAUUUAUUUUGCAGCAUUAGAAGCAUCCUGUGAGUUGGCUAAGGAUAUUGGACAUUAUGAGACCUAUCCAGGAUCCCCAGCGAGUCAAGGCUUACUUCAACAUGACUUAUGGGGUAUUGAAGACUCUGAUGGUCUGGAGUGGACUAGACUCCGGAAAGAGAUCCAACAGUUUGGUCUUCGCAAUUCACUUUUGCUUGCACCCAUGCCUACUGCUAGUACAAGUCAAAUAUUAGGAAAUAAUGAAUGCUUUGAGCCCUAUACUAGUAAUAUCUUUACUCGUCGUGUUCAAAGUGGUGAAUUUCAAGUAGUGAAUCAAUACCUGCUAAAGGAACUUGUUGAACGAGGAUUAUGGAAUGAUCAAGUUAAAAACAUGAUGAUUGCACAAGGAGGUAGUAUUCAGGCUAUCUCUGUUAUCCCUAAUGAUUUAAAGAGACUUUAUAAGACAGUAUGGGAAAUUUCUCAACGUACAAUUAUUGAUAUGGCUGCUGAUCGAGGUGCAUUCAUUGAUCAAUCACAGUCAAUGAACUUGUUCUCUGCUCAACCUAGUUAUGAUAAAUUAACUUCUAUGCAUUUUUAUGCUUGGAAGAAAGGAUUGAAAACCGGCAUGUAUUAUUUAAGAACAAGGCCAGCAGUAGAUGCAAUUAAGUUUACUGUGGAUCAAUUGGCUUUAAAAAAGAUGGCUUCUGAAGAAACAGAAGAAAUAAUAAAAAUUAAAGAAGAAAAGAAAAAGAUUGUCCAACUUCAAUGCUCUAUAGAUAACCAAGAUGCUUGUCUUGCAUGUAGUGGGUAAAAUUCCUCAUCUCUUUCUCUCUCCUUUUCUAAUAUUAUUCAAUAACAAAUGCCAUGUUUUUUUUUUCUUUUCUUUUUUACUGUCA